ACACACACACACAGAGACACUUACGCAUGCGCGCGCGCACACACAUUAAUGCAUUCACAUAUAAAAAAUCCCAUUUACAUAUGUGUCCAAUGGAACCGGCCUCUACACACACACACACACACACACACACACACACACGCACUCACACAUACGGUCACUGAUAUAUACACACACAGACACUCUCUCACGCAUGUCGAUAGCAACCAAUAAUUUAGGCGGCCAGAUUUCCAUUCUGCUGCCCGCGUGGAACCCGAGAGCGAAACGUUGAAGAAUGGUGCGGUCUGUUUGAGCAAAUACACUGACUGGACAUAGUGUUGGUCAGUAUUGGAUACGAAAAGGCAUGGGCACACGACAGACGAGCGGAAAACAACUGACCCUUUCUUUGAAUGCACGCACGUGUUCGGAUUGUGAAGGUGUGAACUUUGAUAUUUGAUGCGUGUUUAACGAUUGUUGGACCCUGUAGCUGAGUCAGAUUUGAUGCGACAAGAAAUUCUGGACUUACCAAACGAAUUUACGUCACCUACACCAAAGCAGGAUUAUCGAAAUUAGCUCCAUUGCAAAGUUCGGUCUCUCAAGUCGGCGGCAUAUUCUGUGUAGAGUCAUAAGGAAUUACAUUCCAUCUAGCUAUCUGACCAAAUUGUAAAGAUGCUUAACAUUUCCUUGAGCGAAGAUGAGAGUGGCAGCGACGAAGAAAGUUUACUGAACCGAUUUGCUCUCCGCUACUGGUACAUCCAUGGUUACCUCAGCUUAGUAGUUUGCACAUUCGGCAUAGUAACCAACAUCGUCAAUAUCAUCAUACUGACUGACAAGAGCAUGCGCACUUCAAUCAACUGCAUCCUUACGGGAAUCGCAAUUUCCGACAUCCUUACCAUGACGUCCUAUGUCCCUUUUGCAAUACAUUUCUACAUCAGGCACGGUCUGAGUAGAACCCCAGAGAAAUAUUCAUACGGCUGGGUGUUGUUCUUCGUUUUUCACAUCGAUAUCACAAUGACUACGCAUACGAUAUCAAUUUGGUUGGCUGUAUUUCUUGCAAUGCUUCGAUACUUUUUCAUCAUUUCAAAGGGAAAGGGCGAACGGAUUCCCAAUGUACAGACGACGGCGUUGAUAGUAUGCCUCAUAUAUGCUGUGGCUACAGUUUUUACAAUACCACAUUAUCUCACUAACCGCGUCGUCCUAUCAACGACCACCGAAAACAACGAGAGUAUAUAUGGCCUCAAAGAUAUGGGUAUCGGUCGCCCUGACCCACUACUUUUUGCUGUGAUUGCUUUCUGGUCCUAUGCCGUUAUUGGUAAAUUGCUCCCGUGCGUUCUUAUAACCAUUUUCGGUGGACUUUUACUACAUACGCUACGAGAGACCAAGCAGCGCACAAAAAUACUCCGCAGUUCGUCGGUGGAACAAAGAGUGCGCCAACACUCUCGGACAACGCGCAUGUUGCUGGCCAUCAUCGUUUUAUUUCUGAUAACAGAACUUCCACAAGGAAUCUUCAUAGUUUUGAGUAGUAUUAUCGAUGGCUUUUUCUUCAAAAUUUACUUAUUACUCGGUGAUGUCAUGGAUAUUAUUGCGCUAAUUAAUAACGCAAUCAAUUUCCUGUUUUACUGCACCAUGAGUCAGCACUUCCGGAACCAUUUCGUGGAAAUGGUCCGAACUUCACUGAAAACUUGCUUUAGAUAUUCUUACAAUAACGAUGACAUUGGUAAAACAACAACAACAUCUAUGCUUUGAUAAUUAUUUAUCACUUUUAAGAUGUCGUUGUUAUUUUUCUACCAAUGAGAAAUUAUUAAUUCUCUGACUACUACUACUGCUGCUACAACUACUAUUUCUACUACUGCUACAACUACUAUUUCUACUAUUACUACUACUACUACUGCUACUGCUGCUGCUGCUACAAACUGCUAUUACUACAACAACUACUACUAUCUUUCUGCCAUUAUCAAUGCUGCUACUGUUGUUGCUUUUAAUCCAUUAUUAUAGCUUCCGUUACUUGCAGUUGAAGUUUGAAAAGCUAUUUAAUAUUUGAUUGCAAAUGUGAAAAAUAGAAACACUCCAACCAUCCAGCCAAAGGCAGGCUAUACAUAAAUACGAGACACGCACACACAGACAGAUGCACAUAGACAUAUAAACACAUACGUAUUUACACAAAUACUAAUGAAGAUAUAUGUGUGUGUGUGUGUGUGUGUGUGUGCAUUAUCAUUAUUAUUGUCGUUGUUAUUAUUAUUAUUGUCGUUGUUAUUAUUAUUAUUGGAGUAUUUCUCCUACAGGUGAGCUCUUCCAUUCCUGCUGCUUCUCAGAACUUCGUCAGGGCAGGUAUUAAUGAUUGCACUUGUUCAUUGUUAUUUACUGUUUAGAUGCCAUUGUAAGAAGUACAACCAAAAACAAAAGAGUAAUAGUAAAAAUCAUAAGAUAUAUAGACCUACAUGA